CAAAAAUGUAUGUCGCAACUGCAGAUUCCCCCUUUAAGUGUCUAAAGUGAAUUAGAAUUUUGUUUGUUUAGGGGUUUUGUUACUAAAAAGGAGGAAGUUAGCCAACAGGUGAUCCACUAAAAUAACAAUGGGAAGUAAAUAGAAGUAAAUAGUUGGUGUGAGUCAUUGUGUAACUAUUAUCCACAUUUUUCUUCACUGUUCUUAGUAGGGAGGGAUAUCAAUUAUCCUAGACUUGGUUAGUUGGACAAUACUUACCUCCACUUCCACACAUACAUUGUUACUGUAUAUUACAGCAACGAUUUAUGGACCUGCACGAGCCAAACGGGCCUUACUGCUUGGUGUCAUUCAUAGGUGUGGCUGAUCGUGUGUGUCCAUCUGUUACUGUGUAUUGGUUGUUUAGGAUAUUCUCACACACACUAUUUUCAAAUGGAUCUUAUUGUUCACAUUGUGCCUUCCCUUCAACAGAACGUACACAUAAGAACAUUGGCUGACGACAUGCGUGACCGGAUCACCAGUUUUCGGAAGACUGGGAAUAAAAAGGACAAGCCCCUGAUACAGCACUCCACAGACCCCCUGUCCACUCAGGUAGAGAUGCCCAUGCCCCAGCCCCUCUUCGACGACCGCUCCAUGAACCUCUCCGAGAAGGAGAUCAACGACCUCUUUGAGAAGAUGAUGGAGGACAUGAACCUGAAUGAGGAGCGUAAAGCCCCCCUGCGUGGGAAGGACCUGAGCACCAAGAGAGAGAUGGUUGUACAGUACAUCUCUGCCACAGCCAAAUCUAUCACCGGAAGCAAAGUCACGGGAGGACUGAGGAACAGCAAGCAUGAGUGUACACUGUCAUCACAAGAGUAUGUCCACGAGCUGCGCUCUGGCAUCAGUGAGGACAAGCUGCUCAUCUGCCUGGAGUCCCUUCGUGUCUCUCUCACCAGUAACCCUGUCAGCUGGGUGAACAACUUUGGCCAUGAAGGACUAGGCCUCCUCUUGGAUGCAUUGGAUAAGUUGCUGGAUAAGAAACAGCCAGAAAGUAUAGACAAAAGGAACCAGCACAAGCUGAUCCAGUGUCUCAAGGCCUUCAUGAACAAUAAGUAUGGACUGCAAAGGAUUCUGGGAGAUGAGCGAAGCUUGCAUCUCCUGGCCAGGGCCAUUGACCCAAAACAGACCAGUAUGAUGACAGAGAUCGUCAAGAUCCUCUCAGCUAUCUGUAUCAUUGGAGAGGAAAACAUCCUGGAUAAGAUCCUGGCUGCCAUGACGAUUGCAGCGGAGAGGAAUAACAAGGAGAGAUUUGCUCCGAUAGUGGAGGGACUGGAAAAUCACGAGGCCCAACAGCUCCAGGUGGCCUGCAUGCAGCUGAUCAACGCUCUGGUCACCUCUCCGGACGAUCUGGACUUCAGGAUACAUCUGCGCAACGAGUUCCUCCGCUGUGGCCUCAAGAAGAUCCUACCGGAGCUGAAAGAGACUGAGGAGCUGGACAUCCAACUGAAGGUGUUCAAUGAGAACAAGGAGGAGGACUCCAUUGAGCUCUCCCAUCGCCUCGAUGACAUCCGCGCCGAGAUGGAUGAUAUGGGUGAGGUGUACCAUCUCCUAUCCAACAUGGUGAAAGACACCGGGUCGGAGACCUACUUCCUGUCCAUCCUACAGCACCUCCUGCUCAUCAGGAACGACUACUACAUCAGGCCCCAGUACUACAAGGUGAUAGAGGAAUGUGUGUCUCAGGUGGUUCUCCAUCGCAGCGGGAUGGACCCAGACUUCGGGUACAGAGAGAGACUGGAUGUAGACUUCACCCACCUCAUUGAUCAGUGCGUGGAUAAAGCCAAAGUGGAUGAGAGCGAACUGAAGGCUGCUGAGUUCUCCAAAAAGUUCGAUGAAGAGUUCAGCGCCCGGCAGGAGGCCCAGGCCGAGUCCCAGAAGAAAGAGGAGAAAAUCAAAGAGCUGGAAGGGCAGAUCUGCAAUCUGAAGACCCAGUUAGCUAGCGAGGCAAACAAGCUCAAAGAGGCUCAGAAAGUCAUCAGUGAAGCUGAGUGCCAGGUGCAGAUUGCAGCCGGACCAGCGGCGGCCGGGACAGGAGUCCCUCCUCCAGCCCUACCGGGGGGAUUGGCACCCCCUCCUCCGCCGCCUCCUGGCAUGGCCAGCAUGCCCCCUCCGCCUCCACCCCCGCCACCUCCAGGUGUAGGGCCACCCCCACCACCCCCUCCCCCCGGUUGUGGUCCACCACCUCCCCCACCCUUCCCCGGGGCUCCAGGUAUCCCUCCGCCUCCUAUGAUGGCCAUACCUGUCAUCAAGCUGCCUUAUGGACUGGAGGCCAAGAAGACCUACAAGCCUGAGGUCGUCAUGAAGAGGGUCAACUGGUCCAAGAUAGUGCCUCAGGAAAUGGCGGAGAAUUGCUUCUGGAUCAAAGUCAAAGAGGAGAAGUUUGAAAAUCAAGAAUUCUUUGAACAGCUCUCCCUCAGCUUUUCCUCCAGGACCAAAGUGAAAAAUGAGGUGGAUGAGACAGACGCCAGGGUGACGCAAUUCAAGAAAAAGGCGAAGGAGCUGCGAAUCUUGGACGCAAAGACGGCACAGAAUUUGUCAAUUUUCCUGGGCUCAUUCCGGCUGCCUUAUGAAGAGAUCCGGGACAUUGUGCUGGAGGUGGACGAGGGGAGGCUGAGCGAAUCACUGAUCCAGAACCUGAUAAAGAACCUACCAGAGCAGAAGGAGCUGAGCGCUCUGGCAGAACUGAAGAAUGAGUACGAGGACCUAUGUGAGCCUGAACAGUUUGGCAUUGUGAUGAGCUCUGUGAAGCUGCUGCGCUCACGCCUCAACGGAAUCCUUUUCAAGCUGACCUUCGAGGAGCAGGUGAACAACAUCCGUCCGGACAUCAUGAAUGUGACGUUCGCCUGCGAGGAGGUGAAGAAGAGUGACAGCUUCAGCAAGCUGCUGGAGAUGGUGUUGCUGGUUGGCAACUACAUGAACGCUGGCUCCCGGAAUGCCCAGACAUUUGGCUUCAACAUCAGCUUCCUCUGCAAGCUUCGAGACACUAAGUCGGCCGACCAAAACACAACGCUGCUCCACUUCCUGGCUGAGAAGUGUGAAGCGAAGUACCCGGAGAUCCUGAGGUUCCCUGAAGAGCUGCAGCAUGUGGAGAGUGCUAGCAAAGUUUCUGCCGAGAUACUGAAGAGCAGUCUCAGCACCAUGGAGCGACACAUCCAGAGGCUAGAAAAUGACAUUGAGAACUUCCCCAAGACGGACGACGAAAAGGAUAAGUUUGUGGAAAAAUUGUCCGGCUUCUCAAAACAUUCACGGGAGCAAUAUGAGAAGCUGUCCACCAUGCACAAGAACAUGCAGAAGUUAUACGAGAGCCUGGGCAGCUACUACGCCUUCGACCCCCACGUCCUCUGCGUCGAGGACUUCUUCGGUGACCUGGCCUCCUUCCGUACCCUCUUCGUGGAAGCAGUGAAGGACAACCACAAGAAGAGGGAGAUGGAGGAGAAGAUCAAGAGAGCCCGACUAGCCAAGGAGAAAGCGGAGCGCGAGAAGCAGGAGCGCCAGCAGAAGAAGAAGCAGCUGAUUGACAUGAACAAAGAGGGAGGAGAGAAUGAAACAGGUGUGAUGGACAGUCUAAUGGAAGCCCUGCAGUCCGGAGCCGCCUUCCGCGACCGCCGAAAACGAACCCCGCGCAACGGUGAUCAAAGUCCAUGCAGUCCUGUCUCUCGGUGGCCGGGUGCUAACCAUGACACCCGCCGCCCGGUCCUGGAAAGGUCUCGGUCGCGCCACAAUGGAAACCCCCAGGCUCGAUGAUGGCCCGCGCCUACCAGAAGACGUUAGAUAAGUGCCAAAGAGGCCUGCGAGGAGAAUCUGAGGACGUCUAGUAGGAGGGAUGGACCCCAGCUGCGUGGCACACACACACACACGCACACGCACACACACACACACUGCCAGGUCUUGAAUAAAACAAAAGGCCCCUAAAGAACCUAAGAGUAACUGAGAAAACAAGAACAGGACAUCAUCACACAGGAUAUUCAAUAGUCAUACUGUUGGUCUGACUGCCUUACAUAUUUAUUAUCUACUUUGUCAUGGCUUUGCCUGUACAUGACUGUCUAAAGCUUUGGUUGUUUUGGGGAGAGAAAAAAAACUGUACUUGGUUGCUCAAAUUGUCAUAUAGGCUCACAGAACUUCACUAUAUCUGUCAGACAACCCAACCCUCCUAAAAACUGCCACACCUGUCCUCUCAUCUCUGGUCAUGUACUUCCGAAUGGAUGCAGUGAGAACAGACAUCUCUCCAGUGAGGACUGACCUCUAGUGUAUUCUGACUAACCACAUCUAACAAAGCUUUCUUUCUCUAUUCCGCUUUUAUUCAACACAUACAGCAAUUAACUCUGGCGUGAACAGUGAAUUGGUGUGAACCCCUUUAUUUGUGAAAGAGUAUUUUCCCCCGAAUUAAUCCGAUAAUAUUAUGCAUAAUAUGUCUCACAACAAGGAUACAGAACUGUAAAUAUGCAUCAGUGAUCUUUAGAGUAUAUGACUGAAUUCUCCAUAUGUUGUGGUAGAGAAAGCAUCAUAUUCAUUGUUUUUUGUUUUUCUCCCAGAGAUGUCAAAUUCCUUAGUGUGCUAAACAUGUUUUUAGAUAUUUUUGCACAUGUAUUGAAAAUGAAAUGCAGAUAUCUAAUUUACAUAAGUAUUCACACCCCUGAGUCAAUACAUGUUACACCUUACAACUGAGUCUUUCUGGGUAAGUCUUUAAGAGCUUUGCACACCUGGAUUGUACAAUAUUUGCACAUCAUUCUCAAAACAAUUAUUUAAGCUCUGUCAUGUUGGUUGUUGAUCAUUGCUAGACAGCCAUUUUCAAGUCUUGCCAUACAUUUUCAAGCUGAUUUAAGUCAAAACUGUAACUAGGCCACUCAGAUAAUUGAGCACAGAUAACUCAUGUGUCGAGGUUUGGAUUGAUUUGAGCCAUGUUUUCAAUUUAAAUGUAAAAAAUACAAUAAUCAAUGCAGUUGACAAAUUGAAUCAGGUGUGCUUGUCCAGGGUUACAAUAAAAAGUGUACUGUUGGGGGUACUGGAGGACCAGGUUUUGGAAACACUGCCCUAGUUCUUGCCAAUGACAAGCAUAGCCAUAACAUGAUGCAGCCACCACCAUGCUUGAAAAUAUGAAGAGUGAUACACAUUGAGUGCCACAAACAUAAUGCUUUCUAUUCAGGACAUAAAGUUAAUUUCUUUGCCAUAUUUUGUUGCAGUUUUAAUUUAGUGCCUUAUUGCAAACAGGAUGCAUUUUGGAAUAUUUUUAUUCUGUACAGGCUUUCUUCUUUUCACUCUGUCGUUUAGGUUAGUAUUGUGGAGUAACUACAGUGUUCUUGAUCCAUCCUCAGUUUUCUCCUAUCACAGCUAUUCAACUCUGGAACAGUUUAAAAUUCACCAAUGGCCUCAUGGUGAAAUCCCUCAGCGAUUUCCUUCCUCUCUGGCAACUGAGUUAGGAACUGAGUUUUUUUUACCCAUCUACCAAUAGGUGCCCUUCUUUGCGAGGCAUUGGAAGACAUCCCAUUUUUGAAUCUGUGUUUGAAAUUCACUGCUCGUCUGAGGGACCUUACAGAUAAUUGUAUGUGUGAGGAACAGAGAUUAAGUAGUUAUUCAAAAACCAUGUUAAACACAAUUAUUGCACACAAAGUGAGUCAAUGCAACUUAUUAUGUGACUUGUUAAGCACAUUUCUACUCCUGAACUUAUUUAGGCUUGCCUUAACAAAGGGGUUGAAUACUUAUUGACUCAAGACAUUUCAGCUUUACAUUUUUAUGAUUUUGUAAACAUUUCUAAAAACACAAUUUCACUUUGACAUUAUAGGGUAUUGUGUGUAGGCAAGUGACAGAAAAUCUCAACGUCGUCCAUUUUAAAUUCCGGCUGUAACACAACAAAACUUUCUGAAGGCACGGUACAGUAUGCCUCAGCAAAAGGCUGGUUUCCACUAGAUAGCACAAGCACAAAGUCCAAAUUGGCAAUCGUAAAAAUACAUGGGGGGAAAAAAUGUGCUUCUUGGUCUUAAUUUAAGGUCAGGAUUAGGUUUAUGCUUAAGGUUAGCAGUGUGGUUAAAGUUAGAAUUAAGGUAUAAAAUCACUUUUUAAGAUGAGAAUUUGUAAAAAAUAAAAUAAAAAAAUAGGGGGGGGGGUAUUAUUUUGUGGCUGUGGUAAAUAGUGACAACCGCUUUCAUUGAGCAGUAGACUACACGAGCCAGUCGAGCUCCUGAAUAGCUAACUAGCAUGCUAAAACAUUAGCCUGUCUUCUCCAGUUAAACUUCUAAAUGUCUUAGUGGUUUUAGCAUGCUAAGCCUUUAGCUUGUCAGGGAGGGAAAGACGUGCAUGGGUUCUAAGGAGGGGGGCUAACAUUCUAUUGAAAUUGUGAAACCCUUUCAAAUCGUUUUUAUUGUGUUCAUAUUUCUUUCCCAUGUUUUUUGUGGCUGUGUUAUGAAAGGCCUUGUUUCUUGAUGUCAGUGCUAAGAGCUUUCCCGUUACUAGCAGUUUCCUAAUCGCAGCAUAACCUGCCCGGACUUCACACUCAUUUGACAAGAUGUCAUACGAAACAAAAUGGUCAUAUGAAAGGGAAAAAAAUAGACUGCAUAAAGGCUAGUUUGAGCAUUCAGUCGACCGCAAGGAAAAUAAAGCUCUGAGCAAUGUGCUCACAUUAGGAGCCAUUUGAGAUUUUUUUCCCCCUCUUUUCCUUAUUUUUUUGCACGGAUUAAUUCCCACAUUCACAGUGUGUGCCUAGAGCAUGCUUGUCCCUUCCAUGUCUGAGCAGUAAGCAGAUGCGAGAGAAAUGGUCGCUUUCCCCCACAAGGAAACCGUACCCAGUGGAAUACAUUGAGGGUCUAUGCUGACAACAUGGUGGCUGUCUUAGUAAGGGAAGCCUCCACAUACCCUCCCUUGACCUACUGCUUAUGGCGUGAGUAAAUGCUCGUCAUAACGUCAUGUCUCAAUUAUGCCAUAUCACUGCUGGCAAAACUGUGUGCAGAAUAUCAUGCCUUUCCCAGUGAUCGGAACAGAAGCUUGGGAGGAAUGCAGUGGCUUUGCUUGACUUAUGACUGAAUAGAUGAAGAUUUGCUGUUUUAACAGUCUCCCAACGUGGUGCAUGAUGAGUCGGUUUGUUGCAACCCUCGUCUUAGAAGCCUCACAGGCCCAAGUUUCAUCAAUUUCAUCUAUUCAUACGGUGCAAUGUUCAUGAGAGUUGCCUGGGAGAAGUGUGCAUAUUCAUGAAAUGUGAUGAGUCCUAUUCAGUUAAUAUGUAAGAUUGGGGUGGUAAGUUACACAGAGGCACACUGUUCCCUACAUAGUGUACUAGUUUUGACUGGAGCCCUAUGGGCCCUGGUCAAAAGUAGUGCACUACAUUGGAAUAGGGAAUAGGAUACCAUUUGGGAUGCAGAGAGAAACAGAAAGGGUACCGUGUUCAUGAAGGAGUGUAUUUGCCAUAGCUUUGGCUUCAUAUACACUAGAGAUCCCCACUGUGGAAAAUCCAGCACUGCCAAAGGCACUGAUUUGCUUUUUCUAGUAAAAAAUCUCCCUUUGUAUUCUGUUUCACCAUUACACAGUAAGAAACACACUAUUUUCUUAACACUCGAUGUGUUGUGAGCCCACACCCAAGGUGUUUCAUUUGUAACCCCAAUUCCAUAAGUUACGUGUGAGUCUGCGUUAAGUGCAAUGCUUCUGUUUUUGUUUUUUACAACAACUGUUACAGAAUGGUGACUGAAUACUCAGUUUUGUUGUAUUGUUUUUGUAUUUAACAAAUAAAAAUAUAUCUUUCCUAGUCAAGUGAAAUUAUAGUUCAGCUUGUACAGAAUGAAAUCUUGAUUUUUCCCUGGUAGCCAACUCUUAAAACAAGUCCAUAGUUACAUUUACCUUUUACUGCAGUGGGCUAAUUCAGGGUCAUGCAGAGUGUUUCUUGGUAGUUUUAAAGUAAUACUACUUUGAAACAAUAGUAUACACCUGUUCCAAAUCAGAUAUAGAGUUGUAUAACAUUUUGAAUCUGCAUCCUAAUAUUAACUUUAUAUACAUCAGAGAAAACUGAAAUAUUAAAUAAAAAAUGCUCGAAUAGAAACACCGAGUUUUGGCAUGAAAAAAAUAAAGACGUUUAUUAAUUAUGAAUAAUGAAUAAAUUAUGAAUAAUAUUUAUAACAUUCCACCCAUGAGGCCACUAGGUAAUUUGACUGCAGGAAGUCCAAAAAUUGAAAAUUGUGAUAACACAUACUAGAAUGUCAUUUUAUGCAUUUUGGAAAUUAAUAUAUCAUAGAUUGACUGUAUUUGAUUUGAAAUUGAAGAUGGAUAUCUCAUUCUUGAUUUACUGGUACAAUGAAAUCAGAGACUAAAGCUACUUUCCCCAUUUGUGAUUAUUGCAUUUUCCCCUGUAGCCUGGUCCCAGAUCUGUUAGUGCUGAAUAGCCAACUCUCAGCUAAGCAGCACAAACAGAUCUGGGACCAAGCUAUUUCCCUUGUGCUGUUGGGUGAUAAAUGUGUGCUGUGUAUGCAUAGAGAGUAGCAACAGUGUUGCAGGUGGCAACAGUAACCUGUAAAGGGACUGGACCACCAGUGGUAUUAAAGGAUCCCCUGACUGGGCCAAACCAUCUCAUGCUCACCCUGUAUUUUUGGUAUUCUUACUUGAGAUCUGCACUACGGUUUCCAUAUUAAGUACAUGCUUAACUAAUACGUCUCUUAUCGACAUGAAAGUUAAAUUAUUGUUAGGAAAGUCUGAAUUGUGCAAGUCAUUGAGGAGACAGAGGCUUGCAAAACUAUUAGGUGCCAUUCAUUUGGUGUCAAUUGAUUACUAGCUCAAUCAGGAAGAGAGUGAAUGUUUGGAUCAACGUUCACACUUGUUGAUGGUGCACUUUAACUUUCUAUUAUUCUGCUAAGCUACGGAAUGGUUUGAUUUGAAUUUCAUGAAUGCUGCCUUGCCACAGAAAGCGAGUGAAUGACUUCCAAAUAGUACAAUGCUGCCACAUAAAUAAAUACAUUUUGUUAGUCCUUCAUAUUGUAAUUUGUAAAAUGAUGACAUGAUGAAUAAAGAAAAUAUAAAGUAACAAUGUUGCCGUGAUGUAUGAUACCAUGGCCCUGCCUACCCUCGACCUUCACCUUGACUGGGUUUUUAUUGGCUUGAAAAAUAUAUUUGUAGCAUCUUUACGUUUAUUUUUAUCCAUAAGGAAUAAACAUUUGAAUGGUUAUGCA